CCGCCAUCGAGCCCCUACCAAUUUCAUGAAUUUAGCAAUGGCUGCGCUUCAUCUUUAUAUUCAAUCCCAUGCCGAUGCGCUCUUGCCUUGCGCCACGUUUUUGCUCUAGCUUUCUCGUGUCGCGACCAUGGCCACCGACCCAGUCAUCACCAAGAUCUUUGGCCCUGCGCCUGACGGUCUCAACUUGAAGGAGAGCCGCCAGACCGAAGACAAUGUCAUCAGCAUAGUCUUGAUCAUCGUCGCCGCAGUGUCGGUGACGCUGCGCAUCAUCGCCAGGAAGAUGCAAGGUCUUUUCCUCAGGGCUGAUGAUUAUGCCAUGGUGGUUGGCUUGUUCCUCGUCGCUGCCAUGGUGGCCAUGUCCAUAGUCGCCGCAGGAUAUGGUGCCGGAAGACACAUCUGGUCGGUCGACGUGGGAAAUUUCAUGAACGUCAUGAAGAUAGUGUACUGCUUGCCCUUCAUCUACGCCGCAAGCCAGACGGUCAUUAAAUUCGGCAUCCUGUACUUCUACUACUGCAUCUUCGGCCAAGCAAAGCCCGACAGCUCGUUCCGCAUCAUGUUCUUCACCGCCACGUUCCUUACCACAGUCUACCCCCUCAUUCUCUGGAUCACCAUGGCCGUCGCCUGCCGCCCGGUACAUUACUACUGGGACCAGUACAUUGGCGGCACGGGCACGUGCAUCGACACCAACGCCUUCUACCUGGCUCUGGGCGUCGUCAACAUGAUCAACGACAUGAUCAUCCUGGCGGUGCCGCUGCCGCCCAUCCUGCGCUUGAAGAUGGACACGAAGAAGAAGCUCGCCGUCGUGGGCAUCAUGAUGAUGGGAGGCUUCGUCUGCGUCGCCAGCAUCAUCCGCAUCUACUACCUAGCCAAACUCAACGAGGCCAUCGACGCAACCUUCGCCAUCGGCCCCGCCUUCGUCUGGACAACGGUCGAGCCCGCCGUCGGCAUCGUCUCCGCCUGCCUGCCUACGUUCCGCCCGCUCUUCCGCAAAGCCAAAGCGCUGGGCAGCACGAUCCCGCGCAUCAGCAUGCCGACCUACCCCUCGAGCAGCCAGCGCACGGCCUCGGAGCCGAAGACUUGGCACCGGCAGACGGAGAUCGAGCUCGGUGAGGGCAGGGGGUACGACGACGACGAGGCAAGGCUCACUAGCAAUGUUAGUGGCGGCGGCCACACGCAGAUGUCGGCGCAGUCGGAUGUCGAGGCUGGUGGGUGUGUUGGUGGGGGCGCGCCGCAUGCUGCUGGCCGUGGGAUUGUCGUGCAGAAGGAGUUUCGCGUUAGGGAGGAGCGCGAUAGUGAUUCUUUUUAGAGGGGGGGGGGGAGAAGCUGAAGGUGUUAUGGUCAAUGGUUAGGUCGGGAGUUGUGGCUUUGUUGUUUUUUGGGGGUUUGUGAGAAAAGUUUGUACAAGUAUUGUGUUUUGGUGAGCGGGUUAAGGUUAGGGCAAGGGCACGGUUGGGGUGUUUUCUCUUUUUUAUUGUUUUCUUUUGUUGUUUUUUGUUUUUUCUAUAUACCAGGAGCGAUUAGAUUCCAUGCCAUCAUAUCAUCAAAAGAGUUGUUUUGUUUGUUUGUUUUUUUAUUUACUAAGGAUUGGUGGGUUUGCUUGUUUGCUUGUUUGCUUGCUUGUUUGCUCAGAAAGAAAGAA